AUAUUGUGUACAGUAUUACAGUAUAAAUAAUGGGGGGAGAGGCUUUCUUUUUCUCAAUUACUUGGACCUCUUUGGAUCAAGAAGAAGCUAGAGGAAACCAAAGAAAGCCAGAUAAUAAGCUAAAGUUAGAUCUGACUCAAGCUGCUGAUAGCUCCUAGUCAAUUAAACUGCAGAAAGCUCAAACUACUCUAAGCAUUUUCAAUAAAUCUUCUUAUCCAUUGGAAAUUAUGGAUCGAGAUUGGUCAAAUUUGCCUAAGAACCUUUUGGAUUCAGUGGUUGAGAGAUUGAUGGUAACAACAGACUAUAUGCGAUUCAGCCUUGUUUGUAUGUCAUGGUAUUCUGUGGCAAAGGAUAAUAAAAGCAAACUUGCCAUGAUGGCUCCUCCUCCGAUGCUCUUGAUUUAUACUGGGGAAGAAGAUUUAUGGAAAUUAUAUAACGCAAUGGACAACAAGAUCCUUGAUUUGCAAUUGCGAGUGCCAAAUAAGCGGUUAUGUGGAUCUUCAAAAGGGUGGUUAAUAUUUGCAGAUUGGAAUGUUGUGGAUAAGAAUCUCGGAGUAACUCUAGUAAAUCCAUUCUUUAGGGUGAAAGGGAGGAGAGAAAAGAAAAUUCGGUCAUUCGCCUUCCUCCACUAA